AUGGGACCGGUGGCUGUCGAGUCCCAUUCCCAAGGGUGGGAGCUCGCCGUUUGCGUGCCGAGGCUGCUUCCGCGAGGGCGAGCCCGUCCCGCUCUGCGCGGAGUGUUCUCGACACCUGGCGCGCGGGUGCUGUCGCCGGCGGCGCUGCUCCAUGGCCGCCUCGGUUGCGAGCACGUCUUCCCCGACGAGCUCAAGGGCCUAACGCCGGUGGAGGAGAAGCUGAUCGCGCUGAACUCAUGUUAUGGGUUCGUCACAAGGUACAACGUCUCAGGCGGCCAGAAGCAGACGCUAACGUACCCCAAGCACGUCAAGGGCCACAUCACGGUGUUCCCGAACAACGUGCAAGAGCUGGCAACGAACGUGCUGCCGCAUCCGCUCGUCCGGGUGAUGGACGAGAUCCACGUCUCGUGGCAGGGGGCGGUAAGGCCGACACCAAGUGACAUGUCGAGCCUCCUGUCGGUGAGGCGGCGAGUGGUCGAGAGGGCCCUCAUCUGGUUGAAGAGGAACAACCCACACUACGCCGGGAUCGAGAUCGACGCGGCGGAGAUGGAGAGCUGGGGAGACUCGGCCGACGGGGUGCCGCCGUUGGUACGCGGACGGCGCGUCGUGCCGCCCACGGAGCGGGCCAUGGACGACGAGGGGGCGGUAGAGAUCGAAGAAAUCCUCUCUCUGCUCAACCAAGGGGGAAGCACGACGAUUCGCGAGGACGACGAGCCAGAGUCAAACGAGGUAGACGAGGCGCGUGGCCAGAGCGGCGGCGAGCCUAAUCAAGAUGCGAAGACGAUCAACGAGGUGACCUCAUCCGGAAUAUUUGCGUUGGACGGGCCGCCCGACGUGGCCGACGUGGACAAAUUGCGGUUCGCGUGCGAUGUCGUCCGCGAAGGCGCAGGCGACGGCGGCACGGGCCCGAGGACGUGGGUGCAAACCUCGGCAAGGGGGCAGCUAGGGCACGCCGAUGGUUCUGAGCCGCACAUACGCAUUCGCCGCGGGGAUGAAUUCGCCGACUCGUUCGAAGCCUCCUUUUUCGCAAAGACCUUUCCCACGCUGUUGCCAUUUGGCGUCGGAGGGCCGCGACCGGUCGAAGAGGCAACCGUACAGUUGGGCAGAGGCACCGCCAACACGCGCGAGGCGGAAGAGGCCGGGACGCGGGACCUCUUGUCGUCUCGGAACAUGAGCCUUCGGACGUGGGCCGACACGGUGUUGCGACGCCACGGCGGCCGGUUCGCGACGCACCACAUAUUCGCGUUCCUCGUCUUUAACAUGGGCGUGCGGUCGAGGAACCGUCGCGUCAGCAUGCUGAGCGUGACGAGGAAGAACUUCCGCAAGGUGGAGCGCAUCGUACGGUCGCUGACCGCAGACGGAUUGGCGGCAGCUAGAGCCGAGCUGGAGAGCACAGGCAAGACGACCGACGACGCCGUAAAGGAGCUCCUCAGGAGCCUUUCGUUGUAUGGCUAUCGUCAGCCCAUGUCCAGAGAGCUCCGUCUCGGGAUGCGGCAUAGGAUCUUGGCGCUCAUCGUCCGUUACGGCGUGCCCGCGAUCUGGUUCACGAUCAACCCAAACGACAUCACGAACCCGGUGAAGCUCCGACUGGCAGCGCACCGCGCGCGCGACCCCGAAGCGGCCGAGGAGUUCCUGCGGAGCCUCGAUAAGUCAUUCAAACGGGUGCGGCUAUCCGUCUCCGACCCGAUGAGCUCAGCCAUCUUCUUCCACCGGGAGAUGACGCUGUUCUUUGAGCAUUACGUCAACAUGGGGGGGGAGUCGGUCUUCGGCCGCAUCAGCCAGUACUAUGGCGCCGUGGAAACCAACGAGCGAGGAUCUCUUCAUGUCCACGGGCUGCUCUGGCUAGACGGAAACACGCGCCUGAGCUGGAUGCUUGCCGACUCAGACGGGGAGGAACAGGCGGCCUACCGCGAGCGAAUCGUCCGCUACGUCGAUAGUGUCUUUAGCGAGGACUUAGACCAGGAAGGGUUCUGCGCCGUCCAGGCGGAGCGUUCGGCGACGUCUGAUAUAUCAUCCCUGCUGGACAGUGCCGAGCAGUUCUCGGCCUCAUUCGAAGAGGAAGCCAAUUUCUGCGCCGGCGCGACGCAGAUCCACACCCAUAGCCCGACAUGCGUCAAGUACUCCCUGGGCAACAAGGGGCGAAAGGGCGACCUCUGUCGCUUCAAGGCGCCAUGGAAGCUGGUCGAGGAGACUGCCUUCUCAUCGGACGGUGUACUGCGGAUCCGCAGGACACACCCCAUGGUGAACCGGUGGAACAAGGCCAUCGCCGUGGGGCUCCGCCACAACCAUGACAUUUCCUUCAUAGCGACGCAACGGAAGACCAUGGCGCUCGUCUACUACGUCACGAACUACGCGACCAAGGUGGAGGACCCGACGUGGAAGCGCGUCGCCGCCGCGGCGGAACUGCUGCCCGUUCUCUCGGCCGGCGGCCAGCCGGGUGCCGGGGAUGACGCCCGUGGUGGCGUCGUCGGCGACGGCGAUGGAACUAAAAACAAGACGCGGCAGUUUCUGAUGAGAGUGGCGAAUCGGGUAUUCACGGAGCGGGCUCUGUCACAAGUCGAGGUCGUCGCCCAUCUCCUGGGAUACCCGAGCGAGUUCACGGGCAGCAGCGCCUGGGCGUACCUGAACGUGUCGGUGCUCUACUGGCACGUCUCCAGGCGGUGGCGACACCUUCGGCAGGAGAGCGGCACCGCGGUCGCAGACGUGUCCGUGGACGAGUCGGUCGUCGUGGAUGAAGCAGGCGAACGGAUCAGCUUCGCCGAGGCGUACCAUCAUCGCGGACACGUCCUACGAGGCUUGUGCCUAUAUGACUAUGUCUCGCUCGUUAGGCUCCAACGCGUCGGCAAGGAAGGGUGCUCCGGUGCCUGGGGAGAGGUGCCGUUCGAGAGCGGCUGGGAGGCCGGUAGGGACUGGGUGCAGGUGUUAAGGCGGCCGGGAAAGCACGCCGUCGUCUGCCUUGACGGCUACCUAAGCAAGGAUUUCGAGCAGGACGACGAGGAAUCGGGCCAUCGCAGAGCAGCCGUGCAGCAUCUUGCCCUGUUUGUGCCGUGGGAGGCCUUUCUCGGCGAAGAGCGAGGCGACAUCAAUGAUAUAUGGAGGCGGGCGCGAGAGCAGCUGCCGCCGAGAACUCUCUGCCUCGUCGAUAACGUUCAACUGCUCCGGCGGUCCGCCGAGGACGCAAGGCGAGACGCCAAGCAGUGGGCGGCCUCGGGCGGUGACGGGGAUCCCGGCGGCGCUCUCGGCGCGGGGGAGGAGGGGGGCCAACACCCGGGGGACCACGACGCGGCCUCGGCGUACCAGUCCGACAACGUCGGAAACGCAACGCGACUAAUCGACGUCGUCCGAAGCGCGGCCGGAGCGAGCCAGAUCACGGCGGGAUCGCGCGAGCUUUCGGGAAUGAUACAGCAGCUGUGCCGCUUCCAGCAAUCAGCGCUGGUCUCGACCGCCGAGCUUCAGGCCGCCAUCGUGAGGGAACGGGACGGGAGGCACAUCGACAUGCCGGGGCAGGUGUUUUCCGGGGCUGCGGUGCCGCCGCAGGACCAGGUCAAGGCCAUCAAGUCGCAGCAGACAUGCGCCUCUAGGGAGAGGGUGAAGAUGAUCCAGGGCAUACAAAGCAUGGCCCCGGCCCACGGCACCGAUCGUGGUGCAGCGGAGAGGAGCGUGCUGACCGGCUUCGGGGAGGAAGACGUGCAGAUGACGCGAGCGGAAGCCGAGGAGACGGCAGGUAACGCGGGGGCUGGAAUGGAAGUCCGCCUCGGCCCGUCGACCUCCUUCCUCGAGGCCGGGAAAGGCUUGACGACACGCUUGACGCUGAACAAGAAACAGGCGAUCGCCUUCUCCAUACUAUGCCGCCACCUGGACUCGAUGCGGCAAGGAGACGGAGGCGACGUCAGCCAGCUCUGCCAAUUCGUCGGCGGCGAGGGCGGCACCGGCAAGUCUCGCGUCAUCGGAGCACUCGACGUGCUCGUCAUCGACGAGGUGAGCAUGCUCGGCGCGCGGACGCUGCACGCCGUCAACGAGCGGCUCUGCCAGCUGCGGGGAUCGAAGCGGGACUUCGGGGAUCCCCAUCGUCCUCUUCUGCGGGACUUCCACCAGUUCCGCCCCGUCCAGGAGAGGUCGAUCCUGUUGCCGAGCGCGGCCGUCUCGUGGGACGAGGACAACUCGUUCAGUGCCGAGCAGCGGCACCAGCACGACAAGGCGCACGCGCUGUGGAAGGGGUUCACGACCGUCGUCAUUCUGGACGAGCAGAUGCGCGCCGCCGGCGACCCGGAGCUGCGGCGGCUGCUGAAGCGGAUCCGACGGGGCGUGCAGGACCACACGGACCUGGAUCUCCUCAACUCGAGGAACCGGUGGAACCUCAACAUGGAGGCGAGCCUGGCGUUCCAGAUCCAGCAGCGGUCGACGGUGCGCAUCUUCCUCUCCGAGCACAAAUGGAAGGACGGCCUGCCGACCGAGGAAGAGGCCAUCAUGAUGUUGAACCAGGGCGACGACAGCGCGAUCCCGGUGCCGGCCGUCUUCAUGUUCGUGCCGGGGAUGCCGGUCGUCGUGAACCGCAACACCCACCAGGGGCUAAAGCUGGUGAACGGCGCCGGCUACACGGCGGCGGAGGUCAUCGUCGACAAGGCGCACCCGGGGCAUCGGCUCUCGGCCGACAUGGUGAUCCACUUCGGGCCGCCGGCGGCGAUCAUACUGGGGUCGGAGACGACCAAGGACUUCCACUUCGUCGGGAUGCCGCCUGGCACCAUCCUCCUGACGCCCAUGAGCGUCAGGAUCCAGUGUCACCGGAAGCGACCGUGGCAGCAGAACGACGUCAGCCGCAAGGGCCUGCCGUGCGCCGCCGCCUUCGCAUGCACGGAUUACAAGGUGCAGGGGGGGACGCUCGAGCGCGUCGCGCUCGAGCUGCGAGGACGAGGACGAUAA